GUCUAGUCGAGAAUCAGUGUAGUAGUUCUUUUAGAUUUUCUCCCGUGCUUGAAUUUUUUAUAUUAUAAAAUUAUUGUUGAGUCAUUCAAUAUGGCCAACUACCAAGUGUCUAGGCCGCCUGAGAAGAAAGCGGCCUAUAGAUUUCGUAUUGUUGUUACACAUUAUAUAAACCCACAACUAUUUUGGUAUUACAUUGAUGUACCCGAUUCGUUACAUAAGGUGUUGGAAGUAGAAAGCCUCUUGCUAGCAGAGUGCACCAGAGACAGUGGUCAAUGUUACUUUAGACCCCAUUUAAAUGAAAUAGUUGCGGUGCAAUAUUUACCGUUCUCGAAAUAUAUUCGGGGUCAAGUACUCCAUGUGGAUAAUGAAAGCGAAAAACCCACAUAUAUAUUAUGGGCCAUUGAUCAUGGGUUUCCGUUUGCUUCAGACGGAAGGUAUUUAUGGCAGAUACCAGUUGAGCUGAGGAAACCCACUGAUCGUAUUAUAUGUGGUGGAAUGGCUAAUAUUUACCCUAAGCCUUCUGUACCUAUAACUGAUGACGUAAAUGUUCAUCAUAUUAUAAGUGAAAUGUCCUGGAGUGAUGACGCUUGUGAGUUUAUAGAAUGGCUGAUGAAAAACGCGAGAUAUCUUUUUUUUUAUCAUUUACAUCUCUCGGAGAAUAGAAAACAGUGGGGUUUUCUAAAUAUACGUUUUCAAAAUGGUUCUGAGUAUAAAGCAAGCCAACUUUUGAAUGAUUAUGAAUUUAGCAUACCUGCUGAAGAUGAUUUUCGCGUCGAAAGUACAUAUCUUAAAUAUCUUAAUCAUUGUCCGUGGUUGUCGAACAGUGGAAAAACUAUAUACAGAUUAAAUAAAAUCGAGUCUAUACCAAAACUUAGUAGUAUUCAGGACCGGUUGCGAAUAAACUGUCAAGCCUCAACAAACAUAUCUCCAAGACUUCAACAAAUUUUUGAUGAAUUAAAAGACAAACCUAACGGUAUCACAAUUAAUACUAAUAUAGUUAAUAAUAUGACGGAAAAUAAGGAUGACGAUAAAGAAGUGCAAAAGUAUCGGGAUCUUAGAAGCAGGUUAAACUUUGGCAGGAAUAAUGACUACCAUAAAAUGCAACGACACAAAAAUUUCAAUCGUUAUCAUCCCAAUAAGAUGAAAACACAAGUAGAUGAUGAAAACGAAUCCAUAUUUGACAACAAGUUCAGCAAUUUUCAUGAUUCCAAGGACAAAUUUUUCACAAAUGAUUUAGAUGAUUUACCUAAAGUAAGACCAGCACGCAAACGCAUAGCUGCAAAAGAAGUAUUGGACUCAGAACACGAUGUUAAGACUCGUGUAUCAAAUAUUGUAAAUACAGAAGAAUCCAAUGAAGCUGGAAUGUCUCUAACAAGUAAAGUCAUGCAAUUUUUGGCCGAUAAUAAGAACCGUUUAUUUUCAAAUAUAGAACUGGAUAAAACGAAAAUCAUGAACUUAAACAUAAGUGGACAUAAUAAACCAAUAAAUAAUCCACUAGCGUUACCUACUAAUCGUGAAAAAACUUCGGAAAAUAUUUACUGUCCAAUGAACAAACGACCAAAAUUUGUUGCAGAAGAUGAGACUGAAACGCAACACGGUCUUAAGAAACAAAAUUUCCGUUUCAAUAACAAAGAGUCCUUAACUGACAUGGCUAAAUUAUUUUUGUCAAGAAAAGAGAAUAUUGAUCAAGAAACAAACAUCAGCCAACAGAGAAUUGCUUCAACACCUGUAGAAUGCACUAAAAAAGUGGACAAUCCAAGCAUGAAACAAUAUUUUAGCAAAAUUGAUAAAUUAUUAGCAGAAGAACAUAUGAUGACUGCAAACCAAAAACAUGUACUUGGUUUUAAUAGAAGUAAAAUAAAUAAUCGUUUGGUUAAUAAUAUGGAAAAGCCUGCUAUCUUGAAGAGAGAGCUUGAUAUUCCUGAAAAUGAGAAAACUUUUGAUAUGAAAAAGCAAAAAAUAAGGUUUCUGGAUGAAUGUCUUAAAAUUGAAAAUUAUGAUGAAAUUUAUAAUAAACAUGACUAUGGAAGUGAAAAUGAAAAUUUAAUAAAUGUAAAUACUACUACAAUUUUAGCUGAAGUACACAAAGGUGUGAAUGAAGGCAAAUAUGCAGUUGAAAGAAAACUAAAUAAAAUUUCUUGCCAUGAAGAAAUUAAAGUACAAAGAAAUUCAAAAGACGUUAUACAAUCCUCCGCUGAAGUAGUUAAUGUUAUUACAGAAGAACAACCAGUUUCCAGUAAAGUUACUCAUAUAUUUCCCACAACUGCUAGGUCUUCCUCUAGUGAAAAAGUGAAUAUUAUUAACGAAGAACAACCAGUUUCCAGUAACAGUGAAAUAAUGAAUAUUAUUAAAAAAGUAAAACCAGCUCUCAAUAAGGAGGCUCAUGUAAAUCCCACACCUGCUAAGUCGUCCACUGGUGAAAUAGUUAAUAUUGUCAAAAAAGAACAACCAGUUUCCAGUAAGAAUACUCAAGUGGAUCCCACAGCUGCUAAGUCGUCCGAUAGUGAAAUAAUGAAUGUUAUUAAAAAAGUACAACCAGUUCCCAAUUCGGAUGCUCAUGUAAAUCCCACAUCUGCUAAGUCAUCCGCUGGUGAAAUAAUUAAUAUUGUCAAAGAAGAACAACCAGUUUCCAGUAAGAUUACUCAAAUGGAUCUCAUAGCUACUAAGUCGUCCGAUAGUGAAAUAAUGAAUGUUAUUAAAAAAGUACAACCAGUUCCCAAUAAGAAUACUCAGGUGGAUCCCACAGCUGCUAAGUCGUCCGAUAGUGAAAUAAUAAAUGUUAUUAAAAAAGUACAACCAGUUCCGGAUAAGGAUACUCAUGUGUAUCCCAUAUCAGCUAAGUCGUCCGCUAGUGAAAUAGUUAAUAUUGUCAAAGAAGAAAAACCAGUUACCAAUAGCUAUGCUCAUAUAGAUCCAACAGCUGCUAAGUCGUCCGCUGGUGAAAUAGUGAAUCUUAUUAAAGAAAAAAAUGUUAGUAAUGUACAACCGACAUCUAUUACAUCAUUAGAAAAGCCAUCAAAUUUAUUUCAACCUAGCACCUUAAAAGGAAUUUUGAAUAGUUUUCUUGAAAAACAUAAUUAUUUGACAAAUAUAAAUACCAAUACGACUGCGAAUAAAGAAAAAUUAUUUCAACCUAAAGACGAAGAAAAUAAACAGCAACAAGUAGUUCUUGCUAAAAAUACAGUACAGUACGAAAAUUUGAAGUCCAUUGACGCAAACGAUUGUAGAAAAAAUAUGACUGAGGAAGAAUUACAGUUAUAUGAAAAGAAAAGACUAGAGUUAAAAAUCAAGCACAAUAAAGUUCUUAUGACAAUUCCUGGUAUUCAAGAAGUUUGUUGGCAGCAAAGACUGCAGUUGAUGAGUGAUGUUUGGUCCGAAGAAGAUGAAGGUGAAAUUGAGAUCCACAUUAAGGUGCUCGACUACAAUAAAGUGAAUAAAAGAGAUAUCGAUAACUGUACUCUCUUUGAUGACGGAAUCGCACACAUCGAAUCGUUCCUAAAAAAAGCUGAUGAAGAUUAUUGCUUGAUAUCCGAAGAACUAAACGAGCAUGUUAAGCAAUUGAUCAAGACCAAUGAAGAUGAAAUGAAUAUAAAGGGACAAACUAACAUACGUUCUCUGCUAGGAGGUAAUCACAUAGAAUGCGCAGAAGAACUACCAUUAGUAUUAACUGAAGCUGAUCGAAAACAAGCCGUUUUUCAAUCAUUUGAACAAAGAAAUGCAAUUGAUCCAUUAAUAGAGUACAAAAAUAAGCUGAAUAUAAGACAAUUGUACUUUGAGACAACUUUCAAUGACAAUGUAGUACUAAAAACGAAGGAGCCAAUAUUGGUACACUCAAAGAAUUCAUAUUUACCAAUUCACAAUUUGAAAUAUUACGAAUUAUAUGAACCAAUUCUAGAUAAGUUGUCGCAUCUACACAUAACUGACCUUAAAAUGUUGCAGGCUUAUGCUUGGCCGCAUUUGUUACGUGGAAACUCCAUGUGCUUGCUUGGAGAGGAGAACAGUGGAAAGACAUUGUGUUAUCUGCCAAUAGUUUGCCAUUUAAUAGCUAUGCGCAAACAACACUAUUACAUUCCACAAUCCUUUGGACCUGUGGCAAUUGUACUUCUCCACGAGCAGUAUCAAAUUAAACCCGUACAAGAGUUAUGUACAGAUAUGUUGAAGUCAACUAAGAGUAGAAUUAUUUCGUCACUUGGCAUUCGCAACUUUGACCAAACCCAAUUUCAAUUAUUGUCCGGGUGUGAAAUUUUACUUAUAACGCCUUCCAGUUUAAAAUUUCUAUUGACACAUGACGAAGUUGGUUCCUUAAUUGAUUCGCAACGACUCAUGCAUUUAGUGAUAGACGAUAUGGACAAAAUAAUCGCACAGUCGAAAGACGAUUUGGAAUAUGUCUUGCGAAGAUUGAUUAAAAUCGGAAAACCACAAUUACUUCAAGUAAUUGUUACAUCCUCCACUUGGGAAAAAAUACUUAGCAGUAUGUUACGUCAGUUUAAGGAUAUGGCACUGCUGAUAGGUGAUUUUGCAGAAGCCACAUUUUAUGCUAAUACCGAUAUUAAAUUAAAGCUCAGUGCUUCUGCACACAAACUACAAUUACUUUCUGAUAUCAUGAAUGCUCAUACAUAUAAAAAAGAACGUACACUUAUACUAUGCAAUUCACCUCAAGAUGUUUUGCAAGUUGUCGAGUUUCUUAAGAACAAUGGACAUCCAUACAUCAAUUUCGAAGAGGACUCUUCAAAAGAAAAUUAUAGCAAAUUUUAUAAACUGGCGGGAUAUGAAACUACAGCAGCUUGUCUGGUCUCUACUGAUAAUAACAUUUACAAAAUACUUCAAACACCAGAUUUGCAGAACAUAAUACAUUAUUCUUUGCCUGCCACUUGGACAUCCUUCGCAAGAAGAUUUGCGACAAUGGCGAAUAAUAUACACAAUUUUGUUGUUAAAGGAUUAAAUGACUUACCCAUUACAGCAGGAACAAAGUCAAUGAUAUUAUUGGAUGAGGGAAAUCACACUGUCUUUCGCACUUUAAUUGAUUUAAUGAAGCGCCGCUCUGUAACAAAUAUACAUCGUAAUAUUAUAGCAGUUGCCGACAAGAUUUGGGAAGAAAAUGAAAUUCAAAAAGUUUGCUCUCAGAAAACACUUUGCAGAUACUUAUUGGGUUUCGGUGAGUGCAUAAAAUUACGUUGUGAGUAUCGCCACAGGCUUGCUUCCUACGAUCAACCUAAGGAUGAGGAACUUAUUCCCAGUUUUGGAGAUAUGCGUGUAAAGAUUAUCAAGGUAAUAUCACCAUCCCACUUUUUAGCACGUCCUUUGGGGUAUAGAGUGAAUAAAUCUGAAGCAUUUCAACAAAUUCGUAAAUCCAACGAAAUGUCACUUUUUGAGAUGAACCUAAAUUUUCAUUAUCUUAACGAAGACAAUUUGAUUGUACUUUCUUCACCUGCAAUUGGUGAUUUAUGUAUAUACAAAAUAACAGAAAUGCCAUAUAGGGCGAAAAUAAUCGAUGUGGGUCAUAAUAAAGAUCCGGAUGCAGAUACUUCUCUCAAGUUUACACUUAAACUAAUAGAUGUUGGCACAAUUGUUUCGACGGUUAAUCCAAAUUUAAUUUAUGUGUGCGAUGAACAAUUUAAAUAUUUCCCAGCACAGGCCAUCGAUAUUCACCUCUUAGGUGUAAUUCCAUGUUAUAAUGAGCGCCAUUGGGAACAUAGUAUAAAGGAAGUUCUGCACGAUUUGCUCAUAGCAAAAUUCGAAUCGACGCAAUGCGUUCAUAUAAAAAUUAAUUUCGCUGUUGGAAAUUAUAUCUGGGUUGAUGCGAUUAAUAUAUAUGAAGAUUUAAAAUCGAUCAAUAUUUGGUCACUAAAACAUUGUAUAAAGAAAAUAUUGUUUGAUGAAAAGUAUGCAGUUUUUAGCAGUGAAGUGGCAAUAAAUCUUCGAGAAUUUGCAAGAGAUUUCAUAAACGAGAAACAAAAUAAAACUGUAAUUAUUGAAGAUGAAGAACAUCAGUUAAAGGAAGAUGUUAAUGUCGAGAAAAGUGAGGAAUUGAUUGAGAGUCAGAAUGUUCUUAAUGAGCUUGAAGAAUUUGAUAUCAAUGAAGAAUCAACAGAUGAUUGGACUUCUAUACCUUUAGACCAAGUACUACCCAUAAAACUUGGUUACUUUGACGACUGGCCGACGAUUUUUGUACAAAUAAUUAAUGAUGAAAAUGAGUCUAUGCUAAAACUCCUCCAGGAGAAGAUAGAUCAGUAUAUUGAACAAAUAAAAUGUGAUACCAUAUACGAAUUGCCAGAGCACUUAUUAUCUCCUCGCACAAAUUGUAUAGUAAGACAUGAUGAAAAAUAUUCGCGUGCUAAAUUUUAUGGAACGGACCGUCAUAACGGCUUAAAAGGUUUCUGGUUUCUCCUUUGCGACUAUGGAGAAUUUAUUAAUGUAGACAAGAAUGUAUUAAAAACUGAAUUUCUAUAUGAAACAACGGCAGAAUUGCUCAAUUUUGCACCCUAUCAGGCAAUUCAGUGUCAAGUGAAUAAUUAUGAACAAAGCUAUUCUUUUUGGGGUAAACAAAUUUAUUAUAUAAAAGCUACAAAAUGUCUUACAGAUAAUAAUUUCAAUAUGAAAACCUAUAAUGUGAAUAUAUCUCAAUCGGAUGAUAUGGAUGAAGAAGUGUUUUGGGAGGAAGACGAUGAUUUUGCACCAUUCUACUGGAUGGAAGAAAAUUAUGUAGAUAGGCCCGAAGAAGAUAACCGCAACAGUAAGUUUGUGAGCGGUAGUAAUCUCAUUAAGUCUAUGGUAAAAUUUUCUGCAGCUACUAACUUGGACAGUAUGAACAGAGCGUUCAAGGAUGUAGUGGUUAUUGAAGCAGAAUCAGUAAAUAAUAAGCCAAGGUUUAAGGUUGAAAUUAUUGAACUAACCGAUACGCUUACUGACACACCAACAACAGUGCCAAUUGAAUUAGAAGAUUUAUCUGUCUUGAAUAACAACAUUCCUACACAAACUGCACAGUUAGAGUAUCAAUUCAGCGACUUACCUGAAUUAAAGCAAUUAUAUGAGUGUCCACCAACAACAUGGUACCAAUCUAACUUUAUCAUUAGCUUAAAAAUUUAUGUACCUGACAUUCAAACCUACAACUUAAAAGUAACUGAUGAGAUGUUAAUUUUUGCAGCUAAAAUUAAUGAAAAGAAAAAUGUUGUCAUAUUAAACUUCUUGGGAUUAGUUGAACCUGAGAGAGUUGUCCAUGAAUUACGUGGCUUGUACGUGUAUGUUAAGUUGCUCAAACGAGUACACAUGAUGUGGCCACGCCUCUUGAGGGAAGGAAAGUUUAACAAUUUUGUUAAAUGCGAUCCAAACAUUUUCGAGGAGAUUGAACAAAAACCUAUUGAAGUUAGGCCAUUAAUCAUGUCUGUAUGUGAUGAUGAUUCUGAUCAUGAGCUGGAAAAAUAUGAUGAUGUUAAAACGCUUAGCGAGAGUGAGGACGAAUAUUAAAUCUAUAGUUUGAGAAACUUUGAAAAAGGCUUCUAAUAAUUUAAAUUAAUUAAUUUAAAUG